AUGACUUCGAUCGAGGCGAUCCCCGCGACAACUCGAGCUGCCGUUACGCGGGAGUUCAGUAUGGUCGCGGAUGUGACCGACUACCCACUGAAGCAGCCGUCCGACUUGGCACCCGGAGAGUGUAUACUGAAGCUGGAGUGUACCGGCGUAUGUCAUACAGAUCUGCACUUCAUGAACGGAGAGUGGCGUAUCUUUCCUCGCCUGCCCAGCGUGGGAGGCCACGAAGGGGUCGGCCGCGUCGUGGCGAUCGGUGCACAUUCGAAAGGCGGCGUCGUCAAGCUCGGAGAUAGGGUAGGGACCAAAUAUGUGAUCGAAAGCUGCCUGCAGUGUGAGAUGUGUCGAAGGGGGUUUGAGCAGAAUUGUGCAGACAGAGUGAUAUCAGGAUACCAUGUCGACGGGACCUUCGCCCAGUAUAUGGUGGCAUAUCUCGACCACCUCAUACCUAUUCCAGACGAACUGCCAAGCGUGGAAGCUGCCCCAAUCCUCUGUGCGGGAGUGACUGUGUAUAACAUUUUGAAACAACUCACGGAUACGCCACCUGGAAGUUGGGUAGUUGUUCACGGAGCAGGUGGGGGGCUAGGCCACUUGGGUGUCCAGUACGCCAAAGCUUUCGGAUACCGAGUUCUUGCAAUCGAUAGCGGCGCGGACAAGCGGGACCUGUGCAUUUCCGUCGGCGCGGACAAGUUUCUAGACUUCAAGGACUCCACCGACCUCAUUGCAGACAUUAAGGCGUCGACUGAUCCCCUGGGCGCACAUGCCGCUCUGAUUACGACCCAUGCUGGAGCGGCAUACGUCCAAGCUGGAUUUUACGUCCGAGCUCACGGCACCGUGAUGUGCCUCGGGGCCGCGCAGGAGGUCUCUGGUCUUCCGAUGGCCCUGAUCAUUGACCAGGGGAUUAAGUAUAUCGCAUCACAGACAGGGGGCCGUCAAGCAGUAUACGAGGCGCUCGCCCUCGCGGCACAAGGCAAAGUACGCUGCCACGUUGUCGAACGUCCGUUGGAGGAGAUCAACAGCGUCUUGGAGGAUAUGUACAAAGGAAGGCUGGCUGGGCGCGCCGUCAUCACAUUCUGA